AUGAUUCAAGGGUCACUAACCUAUAAUGCAUUACAAUUUAUUAUUUCGCAGUAUGCAACUUGUAUGUUUUUAUUUUUUCGAGGAACAGGUGCUUAGUUCGUCGCUAUAUAGGGACUUUACAUGCAGUCAAAGAGAAUUCACUAGAAUUUGAGUAUACAAGAUACAUGUAACUAACACGAAUAAACCUCUCGUCUGAUUCAAUUACAAGGCAAAAGAUUCAUACGAGACUCUGAUAUUUAUCAAUCUUAAAUCUUGUAGAAGAUCGUCGCAAUGUCUCGCGUUUAACAUUACAGAUCCCGGGAAAGGGAGAGUUAAAUGGAUGAGAGAAACAAAAGUAGGAGAAAAAUAUCCAAGCGAGAGCACACGCAAUCUCGCGUCAAUCCACGCGGCACUCGCUCGCUUUCGAACGUGGCGCUGAUUCGUAAUCGCGGUGUCACGUGGUGACCACCCACGUUUCGGCUUGUGGAUAAACAAGAAGAAAAUAUUUGUGCGCGCGAUACAUCGUUACCCGACCGUCACCCGACCGUCACCCGUCAUCGCCGCCCUCGUCUGUUUACUGCCGGUUGUUCUCACUGACGCAGCUUUUGUUGCAUCAUUGUUGCCGGUCGAGCGAAUCGACGACGCUUCGUGUCUCGUGCCUUUACAACCGCGGAAGCGGGAAACGAAUCUCGGAGGAAGUGUCGUCUCUAACCACCACCACCGCCGCCGCCGUUGUCGUCGUCGUCGUCGUCGUUGAGGUCGCAACGAGACUCAAGAGGCAUCUCGCGCGCGCAGUGUGUGUGUGCACGGUACGAGUUACCCGUAUGUGCGUAACGUAACGGACACGCGCGGUGCCGUGUGCGACACACGCUGUUGGGUGUGUGUAUAUGUGUGUGUGUAUCAUCGCGCACGCACGUACGCACUCGAAGGCACUCCGGCGAACCCGCUGCGAAGCAGGAAACGACACACCGGGGCGGCGCGGAGAAAGGAGAGCUCGAGAAAUAGCCGGCCAUAUUUCGCGCGGGUGUAACACCUCGCGUGCGUGUGCAUACACAUCCGCGCCGUGUACGUACUGACACUCUCUCUCUCUCUCUCUCUCUUACAUGCUCGUCUCCCGUCCCGCCUCUGGUGUGUGGUGUACAUUGUAUGCGUGUGUGUGUGCGGUCUCUCGAGCAUCUUUAUCACCGCUCUGAUUUUCUUUCCCCUCUCGGCUUUUUCUUCCUCACGCGCGUCUCGUCCCUCUCCCUCCCUCCUUCCCCUCCCCCCUCCGGCGCUCUAUCUUUGUUUGGUCUCUCAUUCCUCCUGCAUAUCUCAUUUUCUAUCCGUCUCUGUCUCGUGUCGCAUUUUUGUCACCGUCUAUAAUCGUGUAGUAAACGGUACGGUGUCGUACGUUCUUACCGGUCUCUCCGCCGUGAGUUUGUUUUCUGGCGUGUACGCGCGCCUAUUUAUCUAGCGUAUCUUGCCUGUCGAUGUAUCUUUCGAUUUAGCGGUUAUCUAUUUAUCCACAUCCAUCGUUGCGUCCCGCUUCUCGUCUCGCAGGUCUCCCUCUCUCGCGCGCUCGCUCCCUCUCUCUCGCUCCCCACACACGUCCGACUCCGCUGUCUUCCUUUCGUUCCCGUGCUGCUCUUAACUACACUACGGCUCAUCAUUCGCUCGCGGUGCUAUGUCUACGUACUCUCGUACCCAGGAGAGCGACGCGUGGGCUCUUCUGGCGUUGAAGUCGGCACCGGCCAGUCCGACGAAGAUGCAGUGGAACCCAGAGUCGAAGGGCGCGCCGAUAGCGCGGCUCGAGGGCCGCGAGUUCGAGUAUAUGGUUAGGCAGCGGCGCAUUACGAUCGGCCGCAACAGCAGCAAGGGUGAGGUCGACGUCAACAUGGGCCACUCCAGCUUUAUCUCGCGGCGGCACCUCGAGAUCUUCUACGACCACCCGUUCUUCUUCAUGAUGUGCAGCGGCAAGAACGGCGUAUUCGUCGACGGAGUGUUUCAGCGCAAGGGCGCUCCGGCCUUUCAACUGCCACGGACAUGUACAUUCAGAUUUCCAAGUACAACAAUAAGGCUGAUCUUCCAGUCACUUGUGGACGAGCAAGAACAGAGCAACAUUCGCGUACCUUCACCACCGAAACAAAGGGCACCGUUACCACCGUUGCGGAUAAACAUACCUGAUACUGGAUACAGUAGCCCAUUCCCGUCACCCACGGGAACGAUCAGUGCUGCUAACUCCUGCCCGGCCAGUCCGCGGGCCGGUCAGGGUAGACGGAACGUUUCGGCGGACCUGCACAUGGUAGCAGCAUAUGUGGCAGGCAACGCCGCCGCGGCGAAUGAUUCUCAGAAUUCCACUUUGGAGAGGCACAAUAUAGAGAGGCACGAAAGCGGACAGAGCUCAAGCAGGCAGAUGAGUCCCGAGCCCGCGGAGAUGCGUUACCGCGCGGGCAAUAAUUCUGGACCGAACGGUACCGCGCCACACUACAGUCCACCAAAGGACGACUCGAAACCACCCUACUCGUAUGCACAGCUAAUCGUGCAGGCGAUAAUAUCGGCGCCGGAUAGACAACUCACCCUGUCGGGCAUCUAUUCUUAUAUCACCAAGAAUUAUCCGUAUUACAGGACCGCGGAUAAGGGCUGGCAGAACUCCAUUCGACACAAUUUAUCAUUAAAUCGUUACUUCAUCAAGGUGCCCAGAAGCCAGGAGGAGCCGGGCAAAGGCUCAUUCUGGAAAAUAGAUCCUCACUCAGAGACGAAACUCAUUGACCAAGCUUUCCGACGAAGACGACAGCGUGGUGUACCCUGCUUCCGCGCUCCCUUCGGAACAUUAUCAUCGAGGAGUGCGCCAGCCUCGCCGUCUCAUGUCGGGAUCAGCGGAUUGAUGACGCCCGAGUGUCUAAGCAGAGAGGCUUCCCCGGGUCCGGAACCGUAUCCGGACAGUUUGGUACCAUCACCGGCUGGGCAACUCGCGACGAGUCAGUCGGCGCCUGGUUCACCCGGCCAUCCGUACACGUCGACAUCCCAGUCGGCUCACAAAGGACGUCUGAUGCAAGCAAUCGUAACAAAUGGCAUUGGCAGCGAUACCGGAAGAGAAGUAGAAAAAUACCUGCUGCCUGGAAAUACUGUAGAGGACCAUUCUUUAUCUCCGGCUGGUCAGUACAGUCCAGCUCCCGUUAUUGUACAAACAACGUAUAAUUACAGUGGAAAUUUUAUUCCCGAUGCUGGCGUCGGUGGGAUUAACAAACGCGGUCACGAGGAGUCGGACAGCUCGCCAGGUUCACCAGCGCCGCUCGCAAUCGUCGAGAGCCCUGAGCCACCCGAGCAGCCGAUGCAGCCGAAACGUCAACGUAUUCACGAGACGGACGAUCAUUGAAUUGACACAGACUAGUAUCUUGUUACGUAGAACAUUACAUUUACAUUGCAUUAUUUGCCUAUUGUCGAGGAAAACACACGUACACUGCAAACUUCAGUUUAUUUCAACUGUAUAACUGCUUUAGACUGCACAUAAUCGAGAUUGAGCGUCAGUUCUAUUAUCUAAGAAUUAUCAAGAUACCGUGUGCGUUGCGUAUAUGAAUUAGCGAGAGAGAAAAAAAAGCAAGUUGACUUUUGAGAAGCGAGAACGACGAGAGCAGAACACUUCCUGUUCCUCUAGAAUUCGUAUUUCGAUUGUACGUGAUUAUAUCAUCAGUCAAUGUACAUAACAGAAGAUAUAUAUAUAUAUAUAUACAUAUAUAUACAUAUAUAUGUAUACAUACGGAGCUUAUUUGGUCGUGAAUUAUUUCAAAAUAAUAACAAUAGUUACUAUAUUGUGAAACAUCAAAUUGCAAUAAUGUGAUGCGAUAACGUGUGCCAUUCAGCGUUUAGCCGAUUUACUGAAUACGCCAAGAAAGAAAGAAAGAAAAAAAAAGGAAACGCAAAUGGGAUGCAAAUUGAAUACAAGUAAAAGUAUACGAUUGAUUUACGAUCGAUUGAGAUCGACAUUGGUUUUAUUAGCGAAAUGUUUUUCUUUUUGUUUUCACUCUACGACUUGCAUCGACUCGAUCGAAUGCUCCAUACUAAAGAGAGAUGAAACAUAGAAUUUUAUGAUUAUCAGUGUAGAGAGGUGCACUUUAAGCUGUCCACGUUGCAAGCAACGGGGAGACGAAUAAAGAACUUGAUGUGUGUAAGAGAAAAGUUGGGGGGGGGGGGGGAACUUGAUGAGCUUUUUCGAAACGUUGAUGAUUGACGUAUGGUCUCUGCUGGAGAUUGUUACCAGAGCCAGAGGAAACAAAAUAGAGCCUUAUAUUGUUUUUACAUUUAAUUAGCGUAAGGAUUCGCGGUUUCACGAUGUGAGGUGGAACUUCAACUCGAAGUGAGAUGCAAACGGCUGCACACAGAUAUUCAUAUGUUCUAUGAAUUCAAGGAGUUCCCGUGCGCGCGUCGCGUGCGCUGGUCUUUUUCGGAGGGUCUUUCGGAACCCCUACCGAGGAUGUUUGUCCGGAUCUUUGUCAUCCCCGAGUCCACUUGAAUGGCGAUUUUGCGUUACACCAUCUAAUGAUAAUACCUGACGGGUGACCAGACGGAUGGUUCACCUAAUCUUAUCAUCUAAAACAGUCUUCUUAUUUUUGACAUUAUAGAAGAAACUGUUUCAGAUAAAAGGGGUAAAAUUGCUUUCCUUUUUAGCGAGGCCGUUGGUGGAGGGACGCGUUAUCGUUAGUGACGAGACGAUGCCAAACUCGUCGAUUAAUCGUUUCGCGAUCGGUUUACUUCUUUCGUGCAAUCGUAGCUAGUAAUUCGCCGACCGUACCUCUAGAACGUCGGCAUUAGAGGACGACAAAAUAUAAACGUAGACUUAAACGAGAAAGGGGAAUGAACCAUUGGAUGGAUUUGCGUUGUAGGAAGGAUCGGGGAUACACGGUGCAACGGGGGACGAGAUGUGUAUUUUUUGCACCUUCCGCGGGCGCGAGCGUUUAUCUGAAACGUUAUUUUUCUAUAGUUGGAAAUAUAGCAGUAAAAAGAGGUUUUGGAUGAUACUGGUAGAUGGACUACUCUCUGUACAGUGUUGACGUACAUACGUAUCAUGAGUUACGUGUGUUACUAUUAUACAUAUACGUACAUACGUGUGUGGCGAAAAAAAAAAUAUAUAUACAUAUAUAUGUAUAUGUAUGUGCAUAUGUAUGUAUCGCAACAAGAAUCAAUAUGUUUGUAGAUGUGUGCGUGUAUACAUACACCGUCGUUCAAUAUCCUUACACAUGUAUGUGGGCGUAUGUAUAAUAUCGCAAUAAAAUUAAUACUACAUU